AUGGCUCCCCUUAACAAAGACAGCGCGGUGGUUGAAACCGCCGUGGACAGGGACAGCGACAAUGCCGGGCAGGACGACGACGUUCAAUAUGUCAAGGGCCACCCUGUAAUCCACACUGGCGCCGAUGUCUCGAAAUUCAUCAUCUCUGACCGCGAUGACGGGGAUCCUGCGCUGACCUUUCGCUCCAUCGUGCUGGGCACCGUCUUCACUGCUCUGUCCAGUGUGAUCACUAUUCUCUACGUGUUCAAGCCGUACCAAGUGCAGGUGUCGGCGGUGUUUCUGCAGCUUCUCGUCUUCGUCUUUGGUAAAGCGUGGGCUAUCUUUACCCCCCGACCGGAGCGAUUCUCGCGUCCCUGGGUCCAAAAGACUCUCCGGUUCCUGAACUCUGGCCAGCACUUUGGAAUCAAAGAGCACGUCGUCGCCGCGCUCAUUGCAUCCUCGGGGAACAAUGGCCUUGCCGGUGUCGAGGUGCACGCCGUCGAGCGGCUGUUCUACAACGUGCACAUCUCAGCAUCGACUGCCGUCCUGAGUACUUUCUCCAUUGCUCUCUGCGGAUUCGUGCUUGCAGGUCUUCUGCGCCCGCUGAUCGUCUAUCCUGCUGAGAUGGUCUACUGGUCGACCCUGCCGCAGGUGGUCCUGUAUCAGAAUCUGCACUUUGACCCGCGCGCCAACAAACGCCGACUGACAAAAUUCGGCUGGACCCUGGGACUUGCGGCCGUUUGGGAGCUAUUCCCUGCUUAUAUGGUAACUUGGCUUGGGGGUUUGUCGGUCUUUUGUCUUGCGUCGAUGCGCGCGCCGGAGAAUACUAGGAAGAUCUUCACGACCAUCUUUGGAGGCGCCUCUUCCAACGAGGGGCUGGGGCUGCUGAACUUUUCGCUGGACUGGCAGUAUAUCCAAAGCCUGUAUAUCUCACUGCCCCUGAAGCAGCAGAUAAACUCCUGGAUCGGGUAUGCGAUCUUCUACGUGGUGAUGGCCGGGUUAUACUACGGCAACGCGUGGGAUGCAAAGUCGUUUCCCUUCAUGUCGACCUCGCUGUUCAAGAGUGAUGGAGACACCUUCUCGCCUGAUUCGGUAAUUAACGCAGAGGGGACGAUCGACUACGACAAGCUCGACAACGUCGGUCUGCCGAAUUUAACAUCCAGCACCGUCUGGGGGUAUCUCACGCAGAACCUCGCCAUCGGCGCCCUGAUCACACACGUCCUCAUCUUCUACUGGAAAGACAUGGCCCUGGCAUGGAAGCAGGCACGAAGCAGAACCCAGCCUGAUCCCCACUACCAGGGCAUGCUCAAGUACAAAGAAGUCCCCAUGUGGUGGUACAUCGCCUCCUUCGUGCUGGCCUUCUUCGCGGGCCUCAUCGUGACGAUAAAAGGAGAAACCACCCUCCCAGCAUGGGGAUACCUCAUCUCGCUGAUCCUCGGCGCCUUCAUUGCCCCAUUCUCCUGCGUUCUCUACGGCCUCUACGGCACCGGCGUGUCCACCAACCAACUCUCCAAAAUGGUCGCCGGCGCCCUCCACCCCGGCCGGCCCCUCGCAGGCCUCUACUUCGCCAGCUGGUCUCACCAGGUCAUCCUCCUGUCCGUGAACCUCGCCAACUGGCUCAAAGUAGGGCAAUACACCAAGGUCCCGCACAGAAUCAUGUUCGCCACGCAGGUCUACGGCACCCUGCUCGGCGCCGGGCUCAACUACGCCAUCAUGAUCACAAUCGUCACAAACCAGCGCGAGAUCCUCCUCGACCCCAUCGGGAACAACGUCUGGAGCGGCUCAACAGUGCAAUCCCUCAACAGCCAAGCAAUCACCUGGUCCCUCGCAAAGCAAGUCUACGGCACCGAGGGCCGAUACCUCAUCGUGCCCCUGGGUCUGCUAAUCGGACUCGUCCUCCCAUUCGCACACUGGACACUGAUCAAGUUCUUCCCACGGACCAAGAACUGGCCCCUCAACACGGCAAUCGUGGCCUCGUUCGCCGGGGACCGGUACUUUGGCAACACGGCGUGGGUAUGGUCUGCUAUUGCGGUGGGUGUGUUCUCGCAGUUCUGGCUGCGGCAGCGCAUGCCCCGGAUCUAUAACGAGUAUAACUAUCUGAUCGGGGCGGCGCUGGACGGGGGGUCACAGCUUAUUAUCUUUGUGCUGUCGUUUGCGGUGCUGGGGGCUAGUGGCACCGAAAGGCCGUUUCCGACUUGGUGGGGGAAUCCAGAGGGGAAUCCGGAUCAUUGUUUGUAA